AAAAUGUUAUAUUACAGUAUUAAGCCCCUCCUGUUCCCUACUCGACCGCCAUUUUCCAUUUCUGCAUUUCAUCUCAGAGUUACUCUUCACAGAUUCUCUCGAGUAUCUCCUGUUUGUUGAGUCGGUGGCGACCGUAAAUCACUGUCCGCCAUUCUCUACCCGCUCGUGCACCUGGUAGCCGCUCUAUCUUACUUUGUAACAGUCUUCAACUCGAUGCCGAUGUAGCCCACAAUCUACACUUGCCGCGCCACUCUUGCAGCCCCACCAACAAGAUUCCAGACCACCAUCGUGCCCCUGCAACCCUAAAGGCUGCCGUGCCGCGCUCUUUCUCCGAUAUAGAUCUGGAUGGCCAAUGCAGGUGAAGAUCUCUCUCAAUUUGAUCUUUCAAAAGAGGAAAAGGACAAACUUGUUGCAGAAACGAUACGGUAUAUCCUGUUUAAAAUCCACCAGAACUCAGGAUGCCCAAUUAAGAGGGAUGAGCUCACUCAAAUAGUCACUAAGAAUUAUCGUCAGCGUAACCUUCCUGCUUAUGUGAUUAAUGAGGCCAAGGAGAAGCUUUCUAGCAUUUUUGGCUAUGACUUGAUAGAACUUCAAAGAGCUCGGCCUUCAUCUGUGAAUCAGGGACGGCCUUCACAACAAAUCACUAGUGAUGCAAAAUCCUACAUUAUCAGAAGUCAGUUAUCUGCUGAGGUGUAUGGAAAAUAUGUUGAGGAUGUAAAUACAGCUCAUCUGACUGGGUUCAGUUUUGUUAUACUUAGUAUCGUGCACAUUGCGGGAGGUAAAAUCCCAGAAGAAAACCUUUGGCAUCACUUGAGACGUUUGGGACUCCAUGAAAAUGAUGAAAACCAUUUGGUCUUUGGGAGCUGCAAGCAGGCAUUGGAGACACUAGUACAGCAAAGGUAUUUGCAGAAGGAAAAGGUCAAUGGCCCUGAAGGUAAUACAUUGUUUUAUGAGUUAGCUGAGAGAGCUCUAGAUGGACAAGUUCGGGAGACGAUUAAAGAAUACAUAUCACAGAUCGUGAAGAAAGAUCAAACUUCAGUGGAGGUAUAGCCUGAUGACAAGAAGGAAAGCUUAGUAGCUCAUAUCGGAUGCUUAGUUUUUCUUCUGGUAAGAGGUGCUGACACGAAAUUCACUUGAUGAGAUUUUGAGCAAUUGCAUUAUUGUGAACAAGUGAUAUUUGCUAAAAGCAGCUCUAUGCCAUAUAGUGCUACAUAUCUUUAACUUGUAUUAUUGUAGGAUUUAGAACAAAAUGGAACUGCUAUAUGCCAUGAAUUUUUUAGCUUCAGAGAGCAACGGGAGGUGUUUUCGCAUUCAGAACAAAGAACUAUAAUCAGUUCAUGAAGUUAUAAGCAAAAUUCCCGACUUA